UAACAAUAUUCUUAGUAUUCCGUCACUGUGAGGUCUAAUUGAAGUGAAAGUCCUAAAUUUAAGAUUUAGUAAAUGGGUGGAGGUCUCGUUGGAGAAAUGAUUCCAUAGAAACAAGAAGAAAAAGAAGAAGAAAAUGUUAUGAAUGGUAUUGAACAUUCAUUAAAUUCAUUUAUUUAAUUUAAAUUCUAAUAUUAAGAAUGACCCUAGCAGAGCACGAACGUAGAAACGAUAGUCGAGAAAAGCCUUUAACUAAAGUUGUUAUUCGACGAUUGCCACCACAAAUGACUUGUGAGCAGUUCAUUAAUCAAGUUUCACCUGUGCCAGAUUACAACUACAUAUAUAUGGUAAAAGGAGACUUGACCUUAGGGGAUAACGCGUUUUCGCGUGUUUAUCUGAAUUUUGUUUGCCCUGAAGACGUUUACACCUUUAAAGAAAGAUUUGACAACUAUGUGUUCCUUGAUGGAAAGGGCCACGAAUAUCCAGCUGUUGUUGAAUUUGCACCUUUUCAAAAGAUUCCUAAGAAACGUGGCAAAAAUAGAAUUGAUUCGAAAUGUAACACCAUUGAAUCAGACCCAUAUUUCAUAGAGUUUGUUGCCAGUUUGAAUAAAACUGAGGAAUUGGAAGCAAAACCAGAAUAUACACUUCAGCUAACUGAUAAGGCUUCAGAUAGAAGUGAGGGAACUACCCCUCUAUUGGAAUAUCUUAAAAACAAAAAAGCUCAAAAGCAAAAAAUUCGGGAAGUAAGAAAGGAGGAACGGGAACGAAGAAGAAAGGAAUUUGAUCGAAAGCGCGAUUAUAAAGCCAUUGAUCUAAAGAAGAGUGAUGAGCGAUCCUCCAAUUCUUAUGCUAGUAAAUCUUUUAGUUCAAAAUUGACUAUAUCAAAAGAUUUUGUGGAUGCUAAAGAUGAAGAUAAGACUUCUAAACCUGCUGAGAAAACAUCAGAAAAAGUUUACGCAACUCAAAAGAAUAAAGACCAGUUUCAAGAGAAAAGAAAAGAAAUAAAGCCAAGGUUUCCGAAAAAGGAGUAUCCAGAGUACAAAAAGAAGGAGGAGCUUAAAGAUAGAAAUAUUAAAUCUAGAUUCUAUGAUGAAUCCAAAUUAGAAGCCAAAGGAAAAAGAGUAAAAAAGUACAGUGAAAAGAGAGAAGAAAGAAAGAUUGAAGCUCAAAAGGCUGAACAACGUAAGUUAGAACAAUUAAAACAGAUUAAAGAAGCAUCCAUAGUUAUUCAAACUAAAGCAGAAUCCAUCUCUCCAGAGAAACAAGUGGAGUCAGAACAAAUGGUAGGACAAAUAGAUGAAAAAUCUAAUAAAGAUACAGUUGUGGCAGAACCUAAAGAAAAAGCUGAAUGCAUUAACAAAGAUAUAGAGAAGGAACUAGAAAAGGAUAUAGAUGAAAAAUAUGAAUCAUUAUCAUCAAAAAGGAUUCGCAACAAAGAUAGGCCAACUAUUGCUAUUUAUAGGCCUGGUAUGCUAUCAAAAAGAAAACAAAAUGAAGGUUAAAGUUAUUUAUAAAAUGCUGCUUAAAAUUUAUGUUUAAUUUUUUUGUUUCUUGUUUUUGAUGUUGAAGCAUUAAUUUUGCGGCAAAGAGGGUAGUAAAGUUUGGUUGGAAGAAUUUGAUUGUAAAUAACUAAAUUUUUUUUUGUCAACUUGAUCUGUGUGUUUUAUUUCAUUUUUUUUCAUCAGCUUCAAUUCAUGCAGAUUCUUGUAAUCUAAUAAAGUGGAGUAGUAGCAUCUA